CAAAGCCAGCUGUUCAUAAUUUAGACCAAAUAAUAUUUAGCGACGAUAGCCGACUAGACGAGGACCACAUCUCUAUUAAUUCGAUUAAUUUCUGCGGACUUGUGGAGAAGGAAAUCGGUCAACCGAGAUGUAUGUUACUUUUUGCCUCUGACAGCUGGAACAGUUCACUGUCCAAGCACCACCAUGCCUCAGCCAGGUAGCAGUGGGAUGGAGCCUUUCUUCGGUGAGGCGUAUGGGACCCAUGGGUUAUCUGUGACGUCAGAGCCAUUCACCAUCUCUCCUACAGGGGGCAGCAUAGAGUCAGACCAGUGUGUGGUAGUGAUGUUGGGGCCCCCAGCCCUGUCCCUGUCCCUGUGUCGAGGCCAGCAGCGUGGAUGUGAGCUACUCAGUGAUCUCCUAGAGGAUGCGACCACUGACGACACACACACCUCCGAGCGUCGCUGGGACGUCUCGGCCCUGGAUGACAUCACACGCUAUACCAAAGGCAGCCCAGAGGGGGCGCCACCGAGCUGCGAGCGCUCUUCUGUCUCACCUGAGGGAAGCAGAGAAGAACCAUGGUUAUCCCAGAGACCAGGGGGCAGGCAGCUGGGGAACCCUACAGACCUUACAAACUGUGUGGGGUUAGGAUCUGGACACCUCCCCCUGGCUGGGAGAGAGCCAAGGCCCUGGAGCCAAGAGGCUGGAGGGCGGGAGAGUGGAGCUAGGGAAGGGAUGCAUCAGGUGGGGCAGGAGGGGAGGGUAUCACCUCCCGUAGCUCUGGAGGUCCACAGUGAAGAACAUAACUACUCUCUACAGAGUGAGUUAGACACUGAGUCUAGUCAAGGAACAGACUGCGAUAUUGGAGAGGAAGAGGAGGAGAAGGAGGAAGAAGAUGGGAAAGAGGAGGAGGGGAGAGAAGCCAUGGAGGAAGAGGAAGUGAAGGAAGAGGAGGAGCUUCAGCCACAUGUGAGACCAAAGAAACGCUGGUGUUACUGGGAAUGUAGCCUCUACAGUGAGGCAGACCUGGGGAGAGAUGGAGAGAGAGAUAGCAGGAGAGCCAAAGGGCAAGAUGGAGAGAGAGAUAGCGGGAGGGCCAAAGGGAGAGAUGAAAAGGAUGAAGAGAAAGAUGGAGGGAUAAUCUGGGGCCCUAGCACCCUACCCAGCACCAUGUGCCUGAUAGAGGGGACCUCCACCAAUGGUAAGCAAGGCCAGAGGAAGGCCCGUCGUACAGACGCCAGUGACCUGACCCCCAGCCCUGGGAAGCUACAGAGCCUGGGGGAGCAGCUCCACACACUCAGCUCCGCUCUGGAGGACAUGACUCCUGUCAGUGACCUGCCUGUUACUGCCAGGGCCCCAACACGAAAGGAGAGGAACAAACUGGCCUCCAGAGCUUGUCGGCUGAAAAAGAAAGCCCAGCAUGAGGCCAACAAAAUCAAACUGUGGGGGCUGAACCAGGAGUAUGAUUGCCUGUUGGGGGCAGUGCUGCAGAUAAAGGAGCUGAUCCGCCAGAGAGUGGAGAGCAGAGAGGAAGACACAGAGAGAGGCGCUCUGAGAGAGAAACUGGAGGACAUUCUGAAGGAAUCAACUGGGCCACGUGUAGCAGGUCGAGGCAAAGUGUUUGUGGAGAGGAUCUUGAAGAACCAUGCCGUGGAAAAAAGCACCAGAGAGACUCAGAGAGAAGGAGGGUCAUCAGACCCUAGCCACUGACCUCUUUUCCCCACCAGAGUCACUAUCCUGUCCGCUUCUCGCUUCACUUUGCACUUUCUGACAUGGAGAGAAGGUAGGACAGAUAGAUAGACACGCACGCACGCACACACACACACACACACACACACACACACACACACACUCUUAGGUAGAGAGGAUCUGGGCAAACUAUCUAGUUAAGCUUGCACUGUGUCUUGGUCUCUAGCUGCUACAGUAUAGUUGAUGAGUGUCUCAGAACGGUAACGUAUGGUAUGUAUGUAUGUGUGUGUGUUUGUGUUUGUGUAUAAGGGAGUGUGCAUGAUUCCAGUGUAUCUAUUGCAUUAUGUACUGUAGUAUACCCCAUUGUGCCUAAAGGAAGACACUGUGUGCUGCUAGCUAGUCGUAGUUAUACUCUAUGUAUUCUCUGAGAACAGGGAGAGGAGUGACAGUGAAUAUGGUGCUUGUAACAGUGGACAUGAUGAGUAAGCUGUUUAGCUUGAUGUCCAUUUUGAAUUGUACUGUAAACCAAAAGUGCAUGGAUAAACAGACAGACGAGGAAAGACUUUGGCAUCAUGUGAAUGUUGCACAAUGGUUCUCAAAGAUGCUGAAAGCUGCUUGCAUGGUCGUUUUAUAUGUCUCUGCUAUCCUUUAAGGUAAAUGCUAUUUUGUCUAUCUCUACAGAUCCUCUUUAAAACUGAUAUCAUAAUGUACUGUACUGCUCUACAGAUGAACCUGUGUAGGGAGGAUAAUAAUAACCUUAAACCAGGGAUGGGCAACUCCGGUCCUCAGGAAGGAAAUGUGUUUGCUGGUUUUAGUUUUUUCCUGCAAAUCAGUGACUGACUUCUACCUGGGAAACCUGGGCCCAUGUUCACAAAGAGUCUCAGAGUAGGAGUGCUGAUAUAGGCUCAAUUUUUCAUUUGAGAUCAUAAUGAAUAUGAUUACAUGGACAGGGGAGAUCCUAGACCAGCACUCCUACUCUAAGACUAUUUUUGAACAUGGGCCCGGGCGUGUGUUCUCUCAGCAAUGAGUGAUAAUUAUUGAUAAAUUAAGUGCCACAGGAAGAUAAGACAACCAGCGGACACUGCUGCACCCCUGAGUACCAGAGUUGUCCAUCCCUGUCCUAAACCCACAUUACUGUAACUGUUAGAGAGAUCCAAAUCUAUGAAUCUAUCUAGGUCUAUGGUACUUUGUGUAGCCUGUGCCUUUGAAUGCUCUUUGAGAGCAAAUACUAACACGCACACCACCACAUCUCUCUUUGCCUCUCUUUGUGCUACUAAUAUUUCUAUAUAAUAUAAUAUAGAAAACACAACAUCAUCAGUGGUAAAAAAAAAAAAAAAGUAUGAAUAACCUCCCCUACAAACCUGAACGUUUACUAUUCUUUACUAUUCUCUCUUUUGCUAAAUGGAAAUGAGUACAUCUGUCCUGCAGUGAUUUCUGAGAGGAAAAGUAUAGUGUACCCAUUUGGAGUGUAGUCUUUAUAACCCCAGGGCCCGUGUUCAUAAAGCGUCUCAGAGUGCUGAUCUAGGAUCAGUUUUUCCUUUUAGAUCAUAAUGAAUAUGAUUACAAGGACAGGGAGGACCUGAUCCUAGACCAGCACUCCUACUCUGAGACACUUUAUGGAUAUGGACCUAGAUCUUUCCUGCACUCCUAGUCCUGUCAUUGCACUUAAUGUACUUUAACGUAGGAGCACAGUAGUCUAUUUACUUGAAAGAAGGAGCACAGCGAGAAAGACAAGGUCCUGCUAUUUCUUUACUAAGACUGCAGUUGUCAUGAACUGCCCUGCCACAGAUCUUGGCAAUAAUCUUGAAUUGGAUGGACGCUUGAUUAUAUCCUCAAUUAAUCCCAAACAAUAAUUCCAAAUAAUAAUGGAACAUUUUAUAACUGCCCACAAGAGUAUUAUGUCUUAACAUGCAUGCACAAACACACAUGAAAAGAAGUGACAUGUUUGUUAACAUGUCACAGCACAGGAACCAUAUAAAGGAUCAUAACAAAACAUUUAGAAUUUUGCACAUUUAUUGAAGUUAUUGAUUUUCAAAGAAGUACUGUAUAUCGUGAUCAAGGGGAAAUAUUGAUCAGGAAUGGAUUUGUCUGGGAAAUGAACAUGUAUGGAGUUACAGGCCUUAACAGACCAGAGGCAGUCGUUUCAGAAAGCUGUGUAUUGUCCAGUUAUCUGCUAGGAUAGUUAAUCCCAGUCUUUUUCAAGCUUUAGCCUAUUCAUCUGAGCUUGCAGUAGUUCUUAUGUAACAAGCCAUUUUGUUAUGUGUUAUAACCCCUUUAUGGACCAUUUAUUAGCUCUGUGACUGUGCAUGAAAAAGAUAAACAAACUAAAAAGAAAGUGUUGUAGAAAUAGAACACAUUAUUGUUUUGUUCAGUCUGUGUAAAUGUAUAUUUUACUAUGUUGAAGCUGCUGCUACGGUAUGUCAAUAAAAAUCUAUAUUCUUAAAA